AUGGGGCUGUUGACUUUCAAAGAUGUGGCUGUGGAGUUCACACAGGAGGAGUGGGCAAUGCUGGACCCUACUCAGAGAAAUUUGUACAGAGAUGUGAUGUUGGAAAAUUACAGAAAUCUCACCUCAGUGGAAUAUCAAUUAUGCAGGCCAACUGUAAUCUCCCAGUUAGAUCAAGAAGAAAGAAGAACUAUGAAAAAGAGAAUUUCGAGACAACUGGGAAUGCUGUAA